GCUGGGGGCGGUGCUCCUCCGGGCCGUGAUUCGGCCAGCCGGGUGUCAGUCGGGGGUCGCCUCUCGGGCCUGCGCAGGAGAGACCCUGCCGGAGCUUGCUGACUGAGGGGAAGGAAGGAAGGAAGGAGGGGAAGUCCGGGGCUGGCGUUGCCGCUUCAGAGCCUCGACGGCCGCCGCCGCCGCCGCCGCCCCGCUUUCCUCCCUUCGGGUCUUGGGGUCGUCGGAGCCAGGCGCGGCCAUGUCGGGGCUCCUGGGGAAGCUGUUCGGGACGGGCGGCGGAGGGAAGGGCGGCGGGAAGGGCCCCUCUCCGCAGGAGGCCAUCCAGCGGCUUCGGGACACCGAGGAGAUGCUGAGCAAGAAGCAGGAGUUCCUGGAGAAGAAGAUCGAGCAGGAGCUGGCCGCCGCCCGGAAGCACGGCACCAAGAACAAGCGCGCUGCACUUCAAGCCCUAAAACGAAAGAAGAGGUAUGAGAAACAGCUUGCACAAAUAGAUGGCACGUUAUCCACAAUCGAAUUCCAGAGGGAGGCCCUGGAAAAUGCCAACACCAACACAGAAGUGCUCAAGAAUAUGGGCUUUGCUGCUAAAGCAAUGAAAGCUGCUCAUGACAACAUGGAUAUUGACAAAGUAGAUGAACUUAUGCAAGAUAUUGCAGAACAGCAGGAGUUAGCAGAUGAAAUUUCAACAGCUAUCUCCAAGCCUGUAGGAAUUGGUGAAGAAUUUGAUGAGGAUGAAUUGAUGGCUGAGCUAGAAGAACUAGAACAGGAAGAAUUGGACAAAAACCUACUGGAGAUCAGUGGUCCUGAGACAGUUCCACUACCCAAUGUGCCCUCAAUAUCUAUACCUUCAAAGCCAGCUAAGAAGAAAGAAGAAGAAGAGGAUGAUGAUAUGAAAGAACUAGAAGCAUGGGCUGAGAACAUGUAGCUGUAGCAUGUCAGCUAGAGAAACAAUCAAGACUCUGGUCAUCUGGUACAACAGGUCCACGCAUAGGUGGGAGACAUCAUUAAGUGCAACGUCUAUAUUUCUUUAAGCCCAAAGCUGUGGGAAUUGCAUUCUACAUAGCAUGGUAUGAGCAAGGGAAAGAAAAAAUUUCCAAGGAAAGUUGCCUGUAGUUUAGGAUGUUGAAUUCUUUUAAAUAAUAAACCUUAUCGGCAAAAUUCCAACAUUCAGCUUCUGGACUUCGCUAACGCCACUGCUGGACCUUCAUCUUUCAGAUUUCUGGCCAUGUAAAGUCUGACUGAAUUGGGAUGUGACUCCUAUAAUUUAAGUUGAUUGAAGAGUUUUUAAAAGUCUUGUAAAGCAUUUGAAAAAGAAAAAAAAAUAUAAGCCAUUGUUGGCUUAUUAUGCUUAGAUGUACAAAUACAUUAGGCUUUUAUUUCUGUAUUUAUAUCCACUGGCAAUUGCUACUCUACUUAUCACUAUACUGAACUUUUGGUCACCGUUCCCACUUUUUUUGGUGGAUUUGGAAUGAUAAAUUGAUUUUAUGAUGGAAUUAGUUGAAAUUUACACUUCAGUUCUAGCUGUUCAUUUUCUACAUAGCACUUGGAUGUUGAUUGCUGUUUGUGAUUACCAAUACCCCAUUCAGGCACAAACAAAAUUUUAUUUUAAAGAAGCAUUUUUGUUUGCACUGUAUUAAAUAUCUUGAGUGAUUUUCA